GGGAAGCCUUUGUUCAUAGUUCCUUUUCUGCUGUUGUGAGGUGCGGUAGGAAGUUAUUAUAAUCAUUAAAUAAUGGCUCCGCAGUGGUCCAAGGAAGCAAUUGAAACUUUGAUAUGUGCUUAUAGAGAAGAACAGUGUCUGUACGCAGUGAAAAGCCCAAAUUAUUACAAUAAACACUUGCGUGCAGAAGCACUCGAAAGAGUUGCAAGUGCCGUGUGUGUUGUUCGACCGUACACGACGAGCAAGGAGUGCUACAGCAAGAUGCACAAUCUACGAACUCAAUUUAAAGUGGAGCACGCCAAAGUAAAAUCAACGAAAAGCAGUGGCGCUGGGAUGAACGACAUAUACAAACCAUCUUUAUGGUACUACGAGAAGUUAAUGUUUUUGGCGGAUCAUUGCUUACCACGAAAAAGUACAGCCAUAGGCCUGACUCAACAUUCCAUGAGUGAGGACAAUGAAAGUGAAGAGACAUGCAGUCUCUCUUCUCAAAGUGUGGAUAUACAACCAUGACCACAUCAAAACAUCGAAGGCUGUUAUAGUCUUGAUGUGGAUGUGAUAAACGAUGUAUGCAUUGGGGAA